AUGGCGGACAACGUCGUGAACCCGCACGACAAGAUGCGCAGCCGGGACGUGAACAAGGUGGCCCGAGGGGAGCAGGCGCCGAGGCCGCCGCACGAGCCCGGCAGCGUGGCGGACUCGCCGCCGGCCCCGCCGGACGGCGGCACCAUCGAGCUGCGCACCGCGCCGAGCGACUUCCGGUUCCCGACCACGAACCAGACGCGCCACUGCUACGUGCGCUACCUCGAGUACCACAGGUGUAUGAAGGCCAAGGAAGGUGAUAACUCGGAGUGCGCGAAGUUCCAGCGUUACUACAGAUCUCUUUGCCCCACGGAUUGGGUCGUCGAGUGGAACCGGCAGAGGGAGGAAGGGAUAUUCCCAGGACCCAUCUGA